AUGGGAAAUGAGAAUUCUGUUCCGAAGAAGCAAGGGGAACCGGAUAUUCUUGAAGCGAUUGGGCUGGGAUGGAUAGCACCCAAGGAAGAACCUCAUAGUAGAUCCAACGGAGAGAAUUUGCACAUAUUCUCCUCUUCCAGUCAAAACCAUGAACCCAAGUUCCAUCAUGACCUCAUCCCUGGUCGGAUACCGACGGGACAUUCGAGAGAUUUAGAUUAUAGGCGAGAAAGCUGGGUUCCAGACCUACCAGACAUGAGCUCGAAAGGCAGCGACAAGUCAGGUUCGAGGAGCAGGAGUGUCAGCCGUGAAAGGGGAAAAGAAGAGUACAUUCGAAACGAUCUAGGUGUCAUUGUCGGGAAGCGAUCUUCCAGGCAGGCUAGCCCUGCUCGGUCCAAAGAGGGUUCAAGGUCUUCCUCUAAGGCAAAGAGCCGUGGGGCAAGUCCAGGACUAGACCCCAACCUCGGAGCAGUACAUUUCUCAGGGAAACAUAUGGAGAAGGUUGUCUCCAGGCUACAAGAAGUGUUGAACGGAGAUGUGGGCGAUUCGCUCGUCCUCAGCACAUUUCCAAAGGAGAGGGCUGUUCGCACUGAGUGA